UGAAUUUAAAACCAGUUUGUUCAUUCCAGCGAGAGAACUCCAACUGAAAACCUCAAAAAAAACUUACUCAGCUGAAAAUCUUAAAACUCAAACUUAUCCAACUGAAAACUUCUGAUUCAAGACAUGGAUGUAAAUAAGAUUAUAAGCAACAUUCUGGAUGGGGACUUUAAAGAUGUCGAACGAUUUAUCAAAGAAAAUCCUGAAACUGUCAACCAAAUAAACUCACACAGUAAAACUUUCUUAAUGGCAGCUUGUGAACAGGGCAGCACAAGUCUAAUAGCCUUCUUGAUAGAAUCUGGAGCCAAUAUGGACAUGAGUGACAAGGAAGGUCUGACAGCAUUACAUUAUGCUGUGAUUAGAUAUAAAAUUGAUGCAGUGGCCUCCUUAGUUUCCAGGGGAGCAAAUGUUAAUAAGCAGGACUCAGACGGCGACACACCUCUACAUCUGGCUGUGAGGAACAACUAUGAAGAUGUAGUCAAAGUCCUGUUAAGUAGCAAAGGAAAUAACACUUUACAGGUCACUCAGCGAAAUAAUAAAGGUUGGACACCUCUGCAUCGUGCCUCGUAUAAUGGACACACAGACACAGCUAAACUUCUCCUACAACAAAAUGGCACUGAUGUGAGGGUGGUAAACAAAUAUGGUUGUACACCUCUCCAUCUUGCCUCGUAUAAUGGACACACAGACACAGCUAAACUUCUCCUACAACAAAAUGGCACUGAUGUGAGGGUGGUGACCAACGCUGGUUGGACACCUCUACAUCAUGCCUCAUAUAAUGGACACACAGACACAGCUAAACUUCUCCUACAACAAAAUGGCACUGAUGUGAGGGUGGUGACCAACGAUGGUCGGACACCUCUCCAUCUUGCCUCUAAUCAAGGACACACAGACACAGCUAAACUUCUCCUACAACAAGAUGGCACUGAUGUGAGGGUGGUGGACAACGCUGGUCGGACACCUCUACAUCUUGCCUCAUAUAAUGGACACACAGACACAGCUAAACUUCUCCUACAACAAAAUGGCACUGAUGUGAGGGUGGUGACCAAAGCUGGUUGGACACCUCUACAUCUUGCCUCUAAUCAAGGACACACAGACACAGCUAAACUUCUCCUACAACAAAAUGGCACUGAUGUGAGGGUGGUGACCAAAUAUGGUUGGACACCUCUCCAUCUUGCCUCGUAUUAUGGACACACAGACACAGCUAAACUCCUCCUACAACAAGAUGGCAUCGAUGCCAAUAAAGUGGACAAAGCUGGUGACACUCCUCUCCAUCUGGCAGUUCGAAAGCAACAAUAUGGUGUGGUAUCGUGA